UUGACUGAAUAACUAGCUACAUGUCAUGGCAUACAUUAUAAUGAAAGAGCAUUAUAAUACUAUGGAAAAUUCUCUUUGUGAUAUCCUUUUAAGUCAAUUAAAGUGAAUGCUUAUCAAAUUUAAUUAUUUACAUAAAAUAGAUUUUAUCAUUCAUAAAAUUGUAGGAUAUUAUGCAGUAAACAGUUAGAUCUAGCGAUAUAAGUUUCGUCAUGGCAAACAAAGAUUACUACGAAAGAUGGUUAAAAUUAAAGGAACAACUUAAAUUGACUCUAGCUGAAGAUGAAAAAAUUCAAGAAUUAGCAAUUGGCUACAUUGGAAUUAAACCUCAAGCUACCGCUGUUGAGAUUGUAGCUAGAGUCUACUGCAAGUACAGUGAACUUUACAAUAAACUUUGCGAGUGUUACGAUCAGAUGGAACAAGUACAACGAAGGCCGUAUAUUAAAAAGAUAAUAGACGCCGUCACAUGUCGCCUACUUGAACUGAAAUGGACCCUGGAAGAAGUAGAAGUUUUCGAAUUUACUUACCCAGAAAAUGCUUUACAACAAAUGCUUAUGGUGCCGCAGGAUAUUCAGAUACUUUGCCCAUUUUUCUAUCCUUUUGAGACACGUCAACAAGAAAUGCAAUAUAUAAUAGAUCAAAUUUUCGCUGGAAACCGUAUCGGCGACCCAUCUCCUACGACUUCGGAAAUACUGAGAAAAGAGGAGGAAAUGAAAGAAAGAGAAAGAAUUCGACAAGAGGAGAGAGAUGCGGAAAUUAAGAGAAAGCUUGCCAUGGGCGAAGAUAUAACUGAAUCCGAACCAUCAGUACAACUGUCACCUGAAGAAAUGGAAGAAUUAAGACAGAAGGAAGAAUAUGAUAGAAAUAUAAAUAAUAUUCAACGAAUGGAAAGAUCUAGAACAGCGACGCGGUCAAUCACCCAUAAAGCAAACAAAGACAUUAAUUUGUACUUGGAGCUUGCUGGCUUAAAAAAGCCACCUGCAAGAGAAGCUUUACGAACAAGAGCAGCAUGUGUAAUACAAAUGGUAUAUAGACGGUUUAUGCAAGUUAAAAGAGAACACAUCAAAGAAACUAAAUUAAAGCAAAAGUUAGGCAUGAUCAUUCCGGCGUGGAAACCCCCAUCAGCCAAAGAACAGUUAGAAAAAGUAAAGGAAGCACGUAGAAAUUUUAGAAGAAAAUACUAUGAAGAGUGGCUAAAAAAAAACUUAAAGGAAAAAACUCGUGUACUGAAACUAAGAGAAAACGAUAUAAUGGAAGAUAUAUCAGCGGAGAUUAGACAAUGGUUUCAGGAAUGGUACAAAGAAGUUCGAUUAUUCGACGAAUUCCCUUAUGCCGAAGAAGGUGGCACUAUCUUAGUAGUAAAAGGUGAAACAUUCUCUAUUGAAGAAUACAUUGAAUGGCGGUUAGCAGAAGAUAAAAGACUAAAGGCAGAAGAGGGUCAAGCGAAGAGCAAAGAACAAAUAAAAGCUGAACAGAAAGCGGAAAAAGAAGAGAGAAAGCGGUUGGAAUUGGAAGCUAAGGAUAAAGAAAAGAAACGCCUAUUGGACUACAAGAAAUCACGUCUUAAUCCAGAUAAUGAUCCAGGUGUUUAUAUAUCAAUAGGAAACAAUAUUUUACCAGUACGAGAAACUUGGAAUGAUUAUGAAAAUCAAUGGAAACAAAUAGAUUUACCCAAUGCGCCUGCUGAAGCAAUGAAGGGGUACAUAAUGCAACUUAUUACAGAAAAUGUAUACCAAGAUAUACAUCUUCAAUUAAGACCAAUAGUCGACGAAAUGAUGCGAUUGGAAUUAAAUCUCCUUAAGAAUUCCUUAAAAAUGGACUACCAAGCUGCUGGAAUCAUGAAACCACCACAAAGUAGAAAACGUAAGAAACCAAAAAUCCCCAAACCACCCAAGCCAGAUAAAGUUAGCCCAGCUGCGAUGUUUCAAUGUUUGGUUGAUGAAGGCAUCGUGAAAAAGUAUCCUCGUACGACCCUGGACGAUUACUGGGGUGAUCAAAAUUAUGCUGCUGCAGAUGUGAGAGCUAUUUUGUGGACACCUUCAUUCCCGCAACCCUGUAUCGGUGAUGUUAGAGAACAAGUAAGGGUGCGCUGUCUUUUAACGUUAGGAUCAUCUUGUCCAAAUUCGGAAAGAUCCCAAUUAAUAGUUGGACCCAAAGCAGCCGGCAAAAGAACAUUAAUAUACGCAGUCGCGACAGAAACAAAUUCUAUACUGAUGGAUCUUUCUCCACUGAACGUAUACGACAAAUUUCCAGGACCAAAAAAUCUUAAAACAAUGUUUAACUAUGUAAACAGAGUAAGUAGAUUGAUGCAACCAACUAUAAUAAUGGUUGAUGGCGCAGAAAAAAUAUUUUACAAGAAAGUUCCGAAAGAAGAGAAGAAUUUUGAUCCUACACGACUUUCAAGGGAUUUUUUCAAAGAAAUCGUAAAACCAUUAGGGUCUCAUGAUAAAAUAUUAAUAUUAGGUACAGCUAGCGAGCCAUGGUUGGCUAAAGGUCCACAAAUGUACAAAGCAUUUCCAUCAUUAAUUUUAAUUCCAAGGACUGAUUACGGUAGCAUAUCACUAAUAUUAAAACAGAUGUUAAUGGAGUAUCAUGCAAUAGACAGAGAAUUUAAUGUACACAGUGUGGCUCAAGCGUUAAGAGGGUAUGAUAUCAAGUCCAUCAGAAAGGCUGUUGAAACACUAUUAUCGGGCAAGAGGGUGGCGGAAUUGUCUCACAAACCACUGGACCCGUUUGAGAUUAUGGUAGCAGUCUUAGAUGAAAAAGAGGCCUGUUUCACCGACGAAUGGGAUUACCUUAUGUUUAAAGAAUGGUACGAAUCCUAUACUCCUUGGGGACAGAAAUAUUUGGACUACAUGCAUAUGAUUGAAGCUCAGUAUAAUUACAAAUUAAAACAAGACAAAAAGAAUAACUGAGUUGAGUGACAAGGUGAAAAAUAUAAUAUGAUAUUUUAAAAUUUGUUAUGUCUAAAAUAUAUAAUAUCUCAAAGGAUUUACUUAAACUUUUAAGUUGCAUCAGUGAAUUUCAUAUUUG